CUCAGGUCACAUUGAAGGACGGAAAGAAAGAUAAAUACACGAUCCGUUAGAACGGCGAGCUAUGGAGAAUUUUGGUUAGACCGGGACGAGCCAAGAAGAGAUGAGGAAUUCGUCAUCAGCUGUACACACGUGUGUCACGUGAAUCACGUGAGCCACGUGAGUUGUUCAUUGGAUGAAUGGCGUGACGAUGACAUGCCAUUGGCUAAUUCGACAGGCUUUCCAAGAUCACAGCGGGGCUCAGCUGAGCUUGGAGCGUGUUGACAAUUAGACACUUCGUGAUUUAGAAUUGUGAUUAGAAUUUAGAUGUGUCACAGUGUGAGACAGUUGAAGCAACCUUCUUCUGUUUAAAGCGUUCGGUUACCGCCUGAGUUGCGUUAGAUUUCAUUGCGAGACCACAUAAGAGAGGAAUCGAGAAUGACCGAAAUAGAUAUCUUUGACAAUGAGGAGCGACUUCCGCAAGACCUCAGCGACGAUGUCGUUCAGGAGGUGCUCAAGACUGGCACCGACUUGCGUCAGUACUCCAGGCAAAUCGAGAAGGAGCUCAAAGAGGUCGAGAACAAGUCGAUCCAAGAUUACAUCAAGGAAAGCGAGAACAUAGCCAGUUUGCAUAAUCAGAUUGCCGCUUGCGACAAUAUCCUGGAG